AGACAGGAAUGGAUUGAGUCCAGAGGUGUCAGGCCUGCUUGGAGGGAGAAAGCAGGGGUGGCAUCCAGCAUCGAUCGAGAAACUGCCCAGGAGCUCAAACACUUGCAGGACCCCCUUAAGCUGGCCGAUUUUAUACGAAGAAAACUUCAGCAAGGCAAUUUCGAAGACGCGCAGAAGUUUGUGCGAGCUGCAAGCAAACAUUCACAAUGCAUCGUCAGCUGGAAUCAUUUGAUCUCUUGGCAGCUGAGCAAAGGCUCCCUGAAAGCGGCUCUCAAGACCUACAACGAGAUGAAGAAGCGGGCACAGUUCCCUGACGGACACACUUAUUCUAUAAUUUUCAACGGCUGCUCAAUGCAUCCUUCCCCCGAUCACGCACUGGGCAAAGCGUUACCAAUAUACCAUUCGAUGAGUAGCGAGAAGUCGCCAAUCAAGCCGACUGUGGUACACGUUAAUGCCCUUCUUAAACUGUGCGCGCGAGCGCUGAAUACGGAGGCCUUACUCGCAAUUGUUGCUGAGAUGCCAUCCAAAGGAGUUGGGUCUCCAAACAAUCUGACCUAUACGACCGUUUUCAAUGCAUUACGCUUCUUUGCUACUGGUGGUAUGCGAGACACUCAUACACCCAUGCUGAAAAGGCAGAAUAGCGAGAAAGCAAUGUUAGAAGCGCGCCACAUAUGGGUUGAGAUAACGAAACGAUGGGCCCAAGGAGAUAUAUUUCUCGAUGAAGAACUGGUGUCCGCGUUCGGUCGUCUUUUGCUUCUGGGAGGCCGGCGGGAUAUAGAUGACAUUUUGUCUUUGAUUGAGCAGACUAUGAACAUUCCCCGCCAAGUUCCACGACUAGGCACUGCAGCUCGUAAAGCGGUCGACCCUCUAGCCUCCACACCAAAAAUUGCUCCAGACACUGAAGGGGAGACUACUUCAGAUAGCCCGGCACUUGAGCAACCUAAUGGAGAUCCUCAACCAGAAAUCGCAGUGGUUGAUCUCUUUCAACCAGUCAAGGCUCCUGCUAGUCCAGGCCGACGGCGUGGCGUUUUCGCAAAACCAGGGCAGAAUUCACUCUCACUAGUCUUGGAAGCACUACUUGGACUGAAACUGAAAGAGGCAGCACAAAAGUAUUGGCAGGUUUUCACGACCCAGCAUAGUGUCCAGCCAGACCUUGAGAACUUUCAUGCUUAUCUUCGCAUCCUCCGCGUAGCAAGGGCAAGCAACGAGGCAACCAACGUUUUACAAAGCAUUCCCAUGCAAGACUUGAAGUACUCCACCUUCCGCAUUGCAAUGGCUGCUUGCCGGCGGGAUAAACUCAACAGGAACGCCUUUGCAAAUGGAGGAAGACUUCUUGAUCUGAUGCAAACAGCGCUCAGAGAACCUGACAUACCAUUUCUCGAAGACUACCUAGAACUCGCCAUCACUGCACCUGCAUAUUCGAAGAAGGUUUCCUCAAGCGGCAAGAAUGAAUGGUCCAGCCUCGAACAAGGGAAACAGAUCCAGCGAGCUCUGGAGCGCCUCAAUCCUUCAUUGCUGAACCUCAAAGCUAUGCUCCACUUUGAGGAUCCUCGGCUUGCAGAGAAGACCCCGCAUGAAAGAAAUAAACUCGUCGAUUCCAUCCUCUCUCUAACCAGAAGGAUGAUUUCGAGCUACGACCUUCUCGUGCACAAAGCCUUCGUCCCCCGAGACUUCCACGGAGCUCUCAAGGAACAACGCGGAAAACUCUCCGCUUUCGUGGCCCGACAUAAG